AUAUAAAUGUGUAAUGCAUGCUUUAAAGACGCCGCACAAUUUCCAGUACACAGGAGGACGAUUUAUCUACCGUAGCUCCAGUGGAAAGAUUGAUUUGACUGAAAGGACUUAGCGCCAGACAGCUAAAAUGAGACUCGACAUUUUCGUCGCUAUCUGUGCAGUGGCAUUUGCACAAUAUGUCAAUAGCCAGGACCAAAGUCUGAUGGAUGUUUACGCUAACUUACAGGAUGAAUACAACGAAAAGGCAAAUGCUGUUUUCAACGGUAACCCACAUUCAUCAAGAGAAAUGCAUCCAGACCUAAAUCUCCAUGAUGUGUUAAGUACGAUUAGUGGAGGUCCUUUUACAUCAUCAGAGAGAAUUCUGGCAGAUAUGGAACAGGAUGAAGGGAGUGAUUCCCUUGCAAGUUUAAUGGCAGAACUAGCAGAAAUGGAACAAACAGGUGGUAAUAUUGCCGAUAGUCAUGAGGAAGACGUUAACAUGGAUAACAGUCUUGAGCGAUUAGAAGCAGAACUAGCAACAAUGGACGGUGGGGAUAGUCAGUUGGUAGAUGUCAUGGGAGAAGAUGGCUUAGGCGAUGCUGAUAGUAGUAGUCUUGAAAAAUUGGAAGCAGAAUUGAAACUACUCGAUGAAGACAACGAUGGUGAUAGUGAUGCACUUGGAGGGAGCACAGAAGACACUACUGAAUCUGACUUUGAUAGUAGUCUUGCAAAAUUGGAAGCAGAAUUGAAACUACUCGAUGAAGACAACGAUGGGGAUAGUGAUGCACUUGGAGGGAGCACAGAAGACACUACUGAAUCUGACUUUGACAGUAGUCUUGAAAAAUUGGAAGCAGAAUUGAAACUACUCGAUGAUGAAACCGAUGGGGAAAGUGAUGCACUUGAAGGGAGCACAGAAGACAUUACUGAAACUGACUCUGAUAAUAGUCUUGAAAAAUUGGAAGCACAACUUAAACAACUGAGCAUGGAUAGCGGUGAGGAUAAUAUGGAAGAUGGUAUGGACACUUCCGCUGAUAGCAGUCUUGACGGAAUGGAAGCAGAACUAGCAAAAUUGGAAGGGUUCAGCAGUGAAGAUGAACAAAGAGAAUUUGAUGAAUUGACAGAUUUGAAUAGUGAAGAAUUGGACCAAGAUGCCGACGACAUUAAUGAUGAUGAUGAUGUCCAGGAUGAUGGUGAAAAUCAUAGUGCCGGCAUUGCUGAUGUGGCCGACAAUGGCGAUAAUGAAGAAAGUAUGGAAAGCUUGUUAUCAGAACUAGAAGAAAUUGAAAGCCAAUCUGAAGGUCCUGGUUUCGAAAACAUCGCCGGUGAUUCCGCUUUUCUAGAAUACCUACAGAACUUAGAGACAUUACGAGGUAGCCAAAACACCAUUAGACAAAACCAAGCAGCACAAGAUAUAAGUUCGAGCAUAGCUGCAGACCUAAGCAACAAUUACAUUAGCGAGCCACGAAACCAAGUAGCGCAAGAAAUGGGUGCGAGCAGUGUUUCAGACCAGAGCAAAAAUUCCUUUAGCCAGACACAAAACCAAGCAGCGCAAGAUAUGGGUGCGAGCACUGCUUCAGACCAGAGCAAAAAAGAUAUGAGCCAGACACACAACCAAGAAACAAAACAUUUGAGUUCGAGUUCGAGUUUUGCUUCAGGAGGAAAUACAGUAUCCGGUUCAGGCAAAGACAAUCUAUUAGCAACAUUUCUGAAAAGCUUCCGACUUUAAGAAGAAACGGUAGCUCGUAAGAGUUGUCUCCCUUUGUCUUUGCGGGUCCAUGAAGGUUCAAGAAACACCUGAUCAUCCGUCGGACAUGUUUGAGUAACCAAUAACCGUUUUGCGGAACAAUCCAAAGUGCAAUUGAAAUCACUUUCAACAAGUGUUUCGCUUGUGAUAUAGAACUGUUUGUCUAAUCACGAUGUUUUGAAUUGACGAAAAUACGAGUUUGUUCAACAUCAGUUCACAUUGAUGCGACUGUAAGAUUCUACUUUCUUUUACAGUAUGAAAAAAAUAUUAUUCACAAAUGAAUUUCGGGACUUGAUAUAUUGGAUAAUCAAUAUAGCACAUCAUUACUCGUCAAUAAAUCCUAACCUCGUAUUUGUAUUCCCCCUAAUAAAUUGUUCAGUGUGUA